AUGGCUCAACCCAAGGCAGACACAAAGGAGGAGUCUGCAGCCUCUGAUACCUGGGUAGAUGUCAAGGCUGAAGCUGGACCAGAAGUGGAAAUGAUCAAGAGCCCCUACGCCACUAAGGCUGCCAUGUUCCGCACCUUAGAUGGCACAAUCUUCUCGGUUCCAGAGGGCUUCGUCUCCAAGCUGCCAACGUUGGUUAGACUCCGUGAAAAGGCUCAAGACGGGGUUACCAAUGUGUCAUUUGACAAUGAAGUAGCCCAUGUAUUCUUCCACCACCUCUGCACUGGGCAAUUUCAACUACCAUUCAGUGAACCUAAUUGGGGUUGGGACCAUCCGAAACUUUCGCAUACACUCUGGAAACUGAAAUACAGCCUUCGUGUCCUCGCUGCUGCGAAGAAGUAUGGGUUCUUCACCCUGGAAUGUAGUGCAAAGACCAGUAUGGAGGAGGAUUACAAAGAUCUUCCGCUUACCGUCUUGAUAGACCAUAUCCAAGAGAACUUGUCUUGUUUCAAAGACGAGAUGAUCUGGCUUGGUGAACAGAUGGAAACUGCGUUGGAAACUGCGCUUAGCCACAAUCCUUCCAUCUUCAAGGAUAAUACCCUUCUCGAGAAAAUUGGGCACUCUCCAGAAUUUGACAGACUGUUGGUUCAAGUUAUAGGAGAAAUGUACAAACUGCUACAUGUUAAGGAUUCCGAGGAGGAUCCAGUGGCACCAAAUCCAUACUUCGCUUGGUCAUGUGAGCCCUGUGACUUCUAG